AUGACUGCACAUUCUCGGGCCGAGGACAUGAUGGAUGACAUAGCCCCCGUCGACCCGGCCAGAUCCACGCCGGCGGCCUUUCACACAGAGAGCCCCGUGAGCCCCCGCACCGCUCGGCCGGUCCCCGUGUCGCAGAGCCGUAAGUCGCGGGUCGCCUUGGCUUGCAAGCGGUGCAAGAGGAGGAAGCAGCGCUGCGAUGGUGCGCAUCCGAGUUGUAGAUCUUGCGAAAAAUCAAAUUCGGCGUGUCUCUACGAGCGAGUGCUGAGACCACACUAUCCCGGCGGCAAAUCGCUGUACAUCAGCGCCCUCGAAGAGAGAAUCGCGUUCCUUGAAGCACGUCUGCCAGAUUAUGCGGAAGAUCACUUUGCCGCAACAUCUUUCGUGGCAACACCCCCAGAACCCCAAGCAAAAGGUCCUCGGAGAGACUCACGGGACUCAUUCUCAGACGAUGAACCGUCGUCACUGGUCGAUGGGGUUGCCUAUCUGUCUCUUUGCGCGUCCGGCACAACGGACACAGCGCCGGAGCCGUUCUACCUCGGGUCGAGUUCCGGCGCAACGAUUGCGCGCAUGAUUCAGUCUUCCAUCUUUCACGGGUCGGGGGGUAGGGCCACGGCCGAUGCCAUGGCGGCGAGCCGAGCUGCUCCGUCGCGUCCGAUGCAGUCACGAGAGAACCCUUUAGAAUUCUCUAGUCCUGAGGAGCUUGUGUCUGAGUUCCCGUACCAUGAGCAGGCAACGUUGCUGUUCGACGUCUUCUUUGAUCGGCUUCAUACACGGUGGCCGAUCCUGGAUCGUAAGCUCUAUACAAAGCUCUUCGAGAAACAGUAUGAUCAAGGGGCCCUCUCCAUUCAGCACCGAAGCAUCAUGCACUUGGUUUAUGCCAUUUCGGCAAGAUUCUUACAAUUGAUGAAAAAGCCAUGCGACGUCGACCCCCAGCGACACCUUAUGGCGGCCAUCGAGCCAAUGGAUUAUAUCCUGGAGCAACACAACCUAGCCACCGUCCAGUUCCUCCUGCUGCUCGCCGUUCACGGCACCAGGAGCCCGUACGGUGCUGGUGCAUGGUCGCAGGUGCGGUACGCUGUCACACUCUGCAUAGAGUUGGGCCUCCACAGGAAGCAGUCCAAUGCGUCAAGUCAUAUCCCACGCGAUCUCGAGGUUCGAAGGCGGGUUUUCUGGUCGUGCUACUGCUUGGAUCGCAUGACGAGCGUAGUACUCGGACGUACUUUUGCCAUUGCUGACAGAGACAUCAACGUCGAGCUUCCGAGUGACGGCUUCGAGUUUUGGGACUUAACAGCGUCAAAGAGCCCAUCAAGUGUAGCGACAUCAACUUGGUCAAACAUGAAGCCAUUCAUCCACAUUAUCAAACUUCGGAGGAUGCAGUCCAAGAUCCAUCGCCGGGUGUACCGGGUCGACAAAGACGUCUUUUCAGGCUCCCCAGAAGAGCGAGCCAGGCUUGAUUCGAAAAUGGGGGCCAUCAGGGCUGAACUAGAUGAGUGGGUGAGAACAGUUCCUCACCCGCCAAAGGACGCCGGGACGAUUAGCUGGAUGUACGACCCGGAAAGCGCCUAUCAUGACUCCAGAGAUUUCUUUAACCUGCAGUAUCACAAGUCAGUCCUGUCACUAUUCACCGUCCUCCUCCCGACGCUCGACACCGCCGACUCGAAAUUCCUCACCACAGCCCGCUCCGCAGCCUGCGUCUGCACAGCCUACAAGCGCCUCAACCAGCAAAAGACACUGAGCUACACGAUGCUGGCCUUGCACUCGUGCUUCAUUGCCGGGUUGACGCUCGUAUACUGCCUGUGGCGAGACCGUACCCUCUUCUCGUACGACACGCUAGAAGCCACCCGAGCCUGUUCUCAGUCCCUCACCAUUUUUGGAGAAAAGUUCCACGGGGCGGUAAAGUACCGCGACAUCUUUGAUGCUCUCUCCGGGAGCCUGUUCAAGGCCAUUGUGAAUCCGCUUGCGGGCCCAGACACAGGCCUGAAGCCUCUCCAGGUGGAUCUGGAAGCGGAGCCGGCGGGAUCGUUAAUGGCACCCGCGAUGGCUUCGGAAAGCGGGGCCACUGUACGGGGCGGCGGGGCCGAUGAAAAGUCAUCCGUGGCCCAUGCAAUCUCUAAUGCCGUGAAGGAGGCGUUCAUGGAGGUGGACGAAGAGGCACCUGGAGGGUGGCAUAGUUGGAGAAUGUUCAACGAGAUGGUGCAGCCCGACCUCAACUCUAGGUCCGGUCAAGACCAGGUGAACCAUGAUGAAGCGGGCCAAGCAGGCGGGAAAUGGGACAGUCUUGAACUUGAGCUGGGGUUCACUGAAGAGCUUACACAAGGGGUCGAUCGGGGCAUGAUGGAAUCUGACUGGGACUUUGGCGGGUUGGAAAAGCUGCACUGA